AUGGAACCGGGACAGAGUGCGGAAUCUGGUGUAUUGCCUAAAAUUACCGAUGUCGAGUGGAAAUUGGAAGUUUUGACGAAUACUCCUGGAGUUGGUUCAGAAAAUUUGUUAUAUACGGUUAUUCUGAAGACGGAUGAUGGCAACGAUGUCCGGUUUACGUGUGGAAGUCAGCAGCUGCAAGAUUUGGUGUAUAAACUAAAAGACUUAGUGCGACAUUGUGAGAAAUCGAAAAGUGAGCUGACUUAA